UUGCCGAAGCGAACGCAACCCCCGUGCGUCACUCGACGUACACGCUUCCAAAACGGAUCGUAAUCCUUCCUCUUGGUACCGUGUCCAUCGGUUCUACCUCGUCUUCGCGUUGUCACCCCUUUACUAUAAGUAGUAGUCGGUGCGAUUGUUAGUGUGUUAGUUUGUGAAUCUUGAGUUGAUAAGCAUGACUUGUGUGCUCUGAGGAGAAAACUCGAGGAGACGAGGAAGAUGCCGCGAGCGUUCCUGAUCACGCAUCGCAGAUACAACGGUGUGGAAGAAGAGAUCGCAGGAUCUGAAAGAGAUUUCAGUCCCGAGAGAAGCGUGAGACUGGCCGAUUACAGCGGCGGUCAACCAACUUCCGAUGGCGCCAGCGAGUGCGGUAGCGAGACGUCGUCCGAGUGUCCCGAGGAGCUGUACAACCUGACGAAACUGGCGGAGGUGAGCCUGGCAGCGGCGGCGGGCACCUUAAUUCAUCACAGCAAUGUCAUCUAUCAGCGACCGGCGUCGCCCAGGAUCGCGCAGUAUCCCGCGGAGACGAGUAGAACUCUUGGGUCUCGGCCUACUGUCCAAGUGAUGGGAAACCAGGACCAAGUCCUGGGCGAACGGACGAGACUCUUCUUCGAGCGGAUUGAGAGCGAGAGGGAGAUCCUGGAGACUCGGUCCGGAGAGAACGCCGCCUUGGAGAUUCGCCUCUCGCCGCGGCAUUCUCCUUGCUCCUCGCAGGAGGAAUCGUGUCACUCGAAAGUAUCGGUCGUUCCCGAUAUCGGCGUUGAUCCGGCGUCCGUACCUUCGACCGCGUCGAUCCAAGGUCGCAGAACGGCCGCCGUGGAUCCCAAGCCGGAGGACAACGAGGAUCACGAGUGUCCCGACUGCGGCAAGAAAUACUCGACCUCCUCGAAUCUGGCCAGACAUCGUCAGACGCACAGAUCGCUGGGCGAUAAAAAGGCCAGGAGGUGCCCGCACUGCGACAAGGUCUACGUCAGCAUGCCGGCGUUCAGCAUGCACGUGAGGACCCACAAUCAGGGAUGCAAGUGCCACUAUUGCGGCAAGUGUUUCUCCAGGCCGUGGCUGCUGCAGGGACACAUACGCACGCAUACAGGUGAGAAACCUUUCAAGUGCACCAUUUGCAACAAAGCCUUUGCUGACAAGUCAAACUUACGAGCUCACAUACAAACGCACUCGAACACCAAACCUCAUGUGUGUGGUCGUUGUGGCAAGGCUUUCGCCCUGAAAUCGUACCUCUACAAGCACGAGGAAUCGUCCUGCAUGCGUGCCCAUCACCGACCGUCCACGGACAAGCCCGAUCAGAUCGAGCAGCAAAGAACAUCGUCUACGGUGAAACCGAGUGCUCCAUUAUCGUCGUCCUUGAAUAGAUCGCAAACGACGUCGUGCGUCACGGCGUCGCCCACCAGCGUCAUAGUUCCUCGAUUGGGGCACGAGCGUGACCAAAAAGACUCGUCGUCGGCGUUCUCCGCGAUCAUCAGGCACACCAGGACGUCAGACGCGGCGGCACCGUCGAAACGACCCUGCAGAGAGAAGACACCUUCGGACGAUCCAGAGAGCCCCGAUUUGGUGACUAAGGAUCCGGAAUACGUGUCCAGAAUGGUCAUCAGAACAUCGGUGAUAUCACCCAAUCCGGAGCACCUGCAUCUCCGUUUCGAAAAUGACGUUAAGAGUUCCUCGACUACGUUCGAUUAUCCCGAUCCGACGAGAUCCUCGUCCUUUUCGAGACCCGCCACGAUGACUUUGAACCUGGCCAUCGCUUGAAAAUCGGUCGAUACCUAGCGAUCAAAUCAAGUUGGUCAAUCGAUAAAGAGAUAUCAUUUAACUUCGUACUUAUUUUAGCACAAAUUUUUACGAGAUUCACAAAACUCGAUUGGAAAUUUCAAUUAGAUGGAGAUUUCAGGGUAUUCUAGAACUUAAAACAACUCGUUUUUUUUUUGUAGGAUAUUAAAGCAAGUUUAGAAAUUUCUUCAAUUAUUCAUUAAAAAAUCAAUCAAAACAAUCAGAUUUCGUUCCUUACGAGAUUAUAUUACUAAUUGUAAGAGAUUUAAUUCAGAAAUUGAAGAAAAUUUGAAUUGUUACAGCGACUGUACAGAAUGUCACAAAAUUGCUGACGUUCUUUUUAAUCAUAAGCUUUUUUGACUUUAAAACGUGGAUCUUUUCUCAUUGACAAUUUGAUUCAAAUUAAAAGAUUAAUCUUAUAUGCGAUUACUGAUUGAUGAACAAUUUCGAUUCGUUUUCACAUUAUCAAGAAUUGUAUGACUGUAUGACGGUCAAUUUUCCUUUAUCGCAUUAAUUCGUCUUAAUUCUAUACAAUUAAACAAAGAUUACGUCUGAUAAUGCUGGAUAACAUUGCGAAUUAGAAAGAAUCGAUAGAGUAUUGUGUAUGAUAUUAUUCCAAGCAUCUUCCGAAUUAGGGACCAUUUAGCAAUUAGUCAUAAUAAUGUUAAAUUUGUAAGCGUGUUUAAUUUAGCGCGAAUCACAUUGAUGUAAAGUCGUGCCUUA